AUUUGCAAAAACAAAAAAAAAAAUGAAAAACAAAGUGGAAAUUCAGUGCACAAAUAUCCUGAUUGCACUCAAAGAAAGAGAGCGAAAUAUGUAGAGAAAUAGAGAGCAGAAGAGCAUGAAACAAGAAAUAAAAACAAAAACAUGUACAUAUAUGUGUGGCUAUGUAGACCUAUGAUGAUGAUACAUAUUUUAUGCCAGUGAUCUGUGCUUCCUUUUGAAAUUGCCUACGGACGCAACCAUCAACGCUAAUACAUACGUAUAUACAUAAAUGCGUGCUUAUGUACGUAAACAUUGGCCCGAAAAAAAAGCAUGAAAUAGAAAAUCCAAUCAACACUACAUUUACCGCAUUCUUGAGCAGCUUGGAAUUUCGUUACUGAUCAGCAAUGUGUUUAAUUGAUUAAACGAUCGGUAUGUGGCGAACAACAACAUGUCUAAAUUGCGUAAAUCGGCCUCGUUUCGUUCAAGAAUCCCUAUAAGUCAGAAUCGUUUAAAACGUAGUGAUAACGAAAGUGAAAAGAAAAUAUUCGAAUUAAAGCCAAACAGAAGUCUAGAUUUCAAUCAGAAAUUGAAUAAAGGAAGAAAAGGUGUAACAAAAGAACCAACAAAUAUACUGAAAGCAAAAAAGAACAUUUUCACACCUCCAGGUUAUUUAUAUUCUUCGUAUUCGAGCAGUGACGAAAGCUAUGAAUCUGAUCUACAAUAUAAGAAAAUUUCAAGUAAAUAUGCUCAUUUCGUCACGGAAGAUGUUAUGUGCGUGUCAACGGAUGCUAUAUCGUUAGGUGGACUCUUGGAUACGGUCAGUUGUGGUAGUAAUUUCUCAGAUCCACCAUCACCAGUGCAAUAUCAGAAUGUACCUUUAAUCAUGGCGGCCAAAAAUGUGUCCUAUGAAUCUUUAGAUAACUAUAAAAAUCUGGAUGGUAAAGAGUUAAAAGCUAAAUCGCAUCAUUUAAAUCAAUCAGAUGCGAAGCUCUUUCAGUCAAGUAUGUCUCAUGAAAAAUUUCGAAUGGAAAUGCAUCAAAAAGAAAACACGGAACUAAUUCAACCACCAGACAUCAUUAAUAAAGUUUCGUCCGUACAAAUGGCGAAUAAAAUACAUCAGCGCCAAAAUCAUCAGCUAAAUAAUGGGAAAGUAGCAAAUCGCUGGCAUGGUCACACUUUGUCCUUACCCCGCAACGCGAAUUCCUUAGGCGCCAGUAAUUCAAGCGCUUUAACUAAGAAGAUUGAAGUCAACGGUCAACGCAGCAUUCCUAAAGUGGAAUCUGGUGAUCAUUAUAACGAGCCCAGUGACAGCUUGAAUGAUAAAAUUUAUAUAAAUACAGCGGGAGGAUCUAAAAAUACUCCGCCUUAUUACUCACCUCCAGCGUACGCAACAUUUCAAAGUAAUCGCUCCGAAGUGCCAAUAACCUUUCGAAAUCCCGCUGCUACAAACGCUGAGGGCUUAGAUAAGGUUAAUGUGAAAGUGUUAAAGGAACUCUAUCAAAAGCAACAGCAACAACAACAACAACAACAGCAGAUUCAAGUUGACAUCAUAAAAACUACAGUUGCCCGUACGGAACCAUCUUUAAAGCCAACUACCAGUAAUCAAAACUUAAACAGACAAGCCUCAGUCGGGAGUGACCGUGAAACUAUUUUGUAUCGAAACGACCUUACGGCUGCCGCAAACUUAUUUCGCGGCCAACAUGUCAAAUCCGUAACCGAGCAUUUCAGUUUGCCACCGCCCUUAAGAAAGCAUAGUACUCUCUCGCAUCGCGACACUGUAAAAGCCCGUAACGAUUAUGGUAGCCUUCAGAAACGUAUCGACGAGACUUGUAGUGGCAGUUUUGAACAAUUGGAUUUGAAUCCUAGCGCCAUCGAAAGCGAUAAAAGCGCUUGCCUAAAUCUUAGUAAAAUGAAAAAUCAAGAAACUAAGCAACCAGUGGAAUCGGGUAAAGUAGAUUUUCCUGUAUUUAAACAACGGCAAAUACAAUUGCAACUUAAACAGAAUCCACUAACGCGUCAACUAUUCGGUGUCAUACAAGAGGAGGUUUUUCAGCCGAGAUCCACGCCAUAUAGGAAUGAUUGCGAGCUAUCCGGAUCGUAUGCUUCUCUGGAGUGUCCCUCGCCACCAGGGCCACCUUCGGCGAUGCCUGAAGCACAAAAAGAUCCCCAAGCUCGUUUAAGCAAUUUCCUACGAAAUUUUUAUCAAGAAUUGGCUUUUAAAGAACCCAUCCUGCCUUGUUGGGCUUUGCCAGUGGCACCCGGGACAAUGUGCCCAGCACGUUUGGAGUUAGAUCUACGCUUGAACACCAACUCGCAUGGUUUUGGUGAUUAUAUAACGAUUGAUCAACUUUUGACUUCGGUGCAAACGAAGGAGGGAAACUUCUUGGAGGCACCACGUCGUUGUCUAAUCGAGUGUCCCAACUGGGCUUCGCGCAGCCAGCUUUGUUUGCGUAUUUUGUAUGCCUGGUCCAAGGAGCCGCCAUGGCCUUCCAAAGGAACUCCAGUCGCGUUAACUUUAUUAAUACCCCUUCUUGAAUUAAAGAGAGGUUUUGCCCAUUACGUAGAAAAGGAAUUAUUGCCAAAAGGCUCAUUAAAUCCCUUUAAUAAUAUUACUGGAGGCUUUUGCGCUGCUUGGAAUUCUCUGACUUCUCUGGGACCGAAAUUAUUAAUAAUUUUAGACGGUUACACCAGUCAAAGAAGUGGAAACACAAAUGUCUCACCUCCGCGGAAAUAUAGAUCCGGUGGUAUUGUUAGUUCCUCCAGCGGUAAAAAUCAAUAUCCUUCCGAUGUUCAUGAAUUGUUGGAUGGAAAAUUGCUCCCUGAGGCUCGCAUACUCAUCUUAACUAAUUCAUCAAACUGUUCAGAACUUAUGCCAAUUGUCCAGAGGCAUGUUAUGUUCGAAGGCUUGACUUGGGGUAGAUCAGCAUCAAUACUAGGAGGCGGACGUUGGGGCGGACCAUCCCGCCUAAUAGAUGGAGUACAAGAAAAUAAAUUUCUACGGCAUGCUGUGAAAACCCCGUUAGGCUGUCUUGCCAUAUCAGCUAUUUAUGAAUCCUCCGAUGGCCAGUUGCCUAUAGAGGAGUUGGAUGUAGUCGAAUCGAUUUUUAACUGUGUUGCUCCGAAUGUCUUAACUUCAAAUGUAUCCGAAUUAGGACGUCUAGCGUUAUUUUGCUUGAAAAUGAAACGCACUUACAUUACAACGGCGGAAAUUAAGAUGUACUGUUCUUUGCCCGAAAGUAUAAUGGGUUGCCUUGAUAAAAACGUUCUUUAUGGCAAAAGUGCUAACAAGAAAGCAGAGUAUGUGUUCAAUCCGAUUUGUCAAGGUAUGCUGGAGUAUUUGGCUGCCAAUUACAUAGCCUCGUUAGCUUCUCGCCCCGGUCUACUAUCGGCGGAAAUCACUGGCAUGGCAAUCGGUGACGAGUUAGACAUCGAUUUACUAAAAGUUUUAAAAUAUGCCAUGGCUUUAUUGGGUGAACAGGCAUACAUAUUGCUAUCGAAAUUAACGCCGUUGUGGCUAUCGCCGCAAACCGUCUUCUCGUUGGCUCUCGCCGGCGGCAGUAGUGACGCGAAUAUGGCAGCUCUUUGUGAUAUUUUGGGCAUAUCAAAGCAUCCUCCGAUUUCACCUUUGGAAACUAAACCUCUUUGGGUACAAGUGCGUUCCGUACCCACCGAUCUUAUGGGAUGGGGUAUGGCCUUAAAGAGUCCUACAUGCACUCUUAAAAAUCUUGAAGUAAUAUAUCAGCUUGAAAAACAAAAUCUUUUGGAAACUCGGAAGGCGAUAGAAACAUUUUUAGAUUCUAUAGCCAUAAACGAAAGCGUAUCAACUUUACGUUUAUCCUCGUUGAUUGAAAUGGAUGUGAAGGAUUCAGAAAUUAAUUAUUUGGCGAACUGCAUUUCCAAAAUGUUACUGAAGCCAAGAUUGGAAAAUUUUGAAUUAGUGCUAACUCUUAUUGAAGAAGAUCCACCGAUGCUGAAAUUACAAUCGGUAGUAACGGCUAUAUGUCGAACCAUACCUCGUCAAAUGAAGCUUAGCUCGUUAUUAUUGGACUUGGGAUUGUGCACGUCCCAAUUGGUCCAGAUAUGUACAGCUUUAGAAAAAUGCACAAAUUUAACCCGUUUAUCACUGCCCCAUUUACGUUGCGAAAGGGGAGCCAUAUCCACCCUGUCAACGCUAUUGAGCACGAAACCUAUAAGUUUCUUAUUUUUGCCAUCGUGUUGGGGUGCAAGAGAUGAUCCACCUUCGUCCAGUGGCGUAAGCAUGGGGUCUGGUAGCGGCAGCAGCACUGGAACAUCUUGUCUUAUAAAACAAGGUAGUUUGCCAGGGGCACCAUCUCCUCGUACUUAUGCUCCUGGUGUAUUUUCAUCUUUACCACGCGGCAUGUUUGUCCCACAAGCUUCGUUGGGCCGAUCAGCAACUCUACCGCGACAGCCCCUUGAUCAAACUUCUGAGAAGCGUUCUUGCGAUUCGGUGGUUUCGAAAAUUUGGUAUCCCACUCCAUGCUGCGACGGUGGACCGCACAAUUCCGGAACUCUGCACGAUCUCUUCGCUACGAUACGCGAUAACUAUUCGAAAUUGCGUGGCCUAGAUUUAAGUAAAGCUCAGUUAUCUUUGGAAGAUUCUAUGUGCUUAGGCGAAACUAUACGAGUAUCGAGUACUCUGCAUACUUUGAAAUUAGAGGGUUCAUCACGCAUUAGCGAAAUUUUACCUUCCAUAUUGGGAGCUAGUGAAUCACCUUGUCUACAAAUGCUAAGCAUUGGUUCACAAAGAUUAAAUCUUGAUGACUCGGUGAUUGUUAUGUGCGCGAGAGCUUUAACUAGUUGUGCAACAUUACGUCUGCUAAGCAUUGACGGUUGGUGUUUACGUAUAGAGCACGCACAAACACUUUCCAUAUUGAGAGCAUUUCUAUCUUUAACCUCUGUACGUGAAAUGAGUUUAGCCAAUUGCCGCAUACAAACAUGUCUCAUUAAAGCCGAUGCAAAGUUAGCGCAACUAUUCGAAAGUCGUUCGGUGGUUGUUUUAAAAAUGGCCGGAGCCCAAAUAACAUUACCCGAUUUAACAGUUUUUCGUGGACCACAGCUAUUGCAGUUCAUCGAUGGAUUUCCGUGUUUAAGAGAAUUGGAUUUAUCAGCACCAGCCCGUUCUGGCAUUGAAAGUACACACACUUCACCGUUAAUACUCGACGAUAAAUGUAUUGUGCAGUUCUUUCAACAUUUGCACUCUUAUUAUAGUUUGUUAAAUACUUUAAAAAUGUGUAACUGGGUUAUACAUUUCGACGAUAUGACUAAGGCCUUGAAAUGCAUUUCUAAAGCAGUACGUAAUAGUCCGAUUAGUCAUUUGAAAUUGGACGGUAUUUCGGUAUUGGAUCGUCCCAAAAAGAAACGCUGCGAAGCCUUAUUUAUGCAUUGUUUCAUAACGACGUUGCCUCACUUGAGAUGGAUGGGUAUAAGUUUAUCGGGCAAAAAAGAAGAUCAAGUGACCGCCAUCGGUAAUGCAGUAUUGGACUUGAAGGGUUUAGAAAUUGAAAUCAAAUUAAGUGAAUCGACUAUAGACCAAGCGAAACUGAUGGCUCAGGUUAUUAGUUUAGAUGGGAAAUUUGAUAUUAAAGUAUCGACAUUUGGUACAUCAAGCGGUAUACUGAUACAUGCUGAACGUUGUGGCGUAAAGAGUCUCACACGUAAAACUAAAGACAAGGAUUAUAAUACUUAAAUAUUUCGAUUUGUAUACCCCCUAAUGUCUCUGUGAGAUGAAAAAAUGACAUACGUACGUUAUACAUAAUCAUACAUAAUUAAAUCAUUCGUUGCCAAUACAUCAAUAAAAUGUGAUUUCAUUCGUUAAAGCGCACAAUGUUCUCUGAAGAGUAGUGUCUCCGUAUGAUUUAAUUAUGCUACGAUUUAGAUUAAAAUUUAAAAAGAAAAAGAAGCAAACAUUUUUUAAUUGCUUAAAUACCUAGAUAUAUAUAUAUAUAUAUAUAUAUAUAUAUAUAUAUACAUACAUAUGUAUAUGUGGCUUCACAUUACUACAACCAUUUUGCAAUGGUUGCGUAUGUUACGUUAAUGGUUUGAUAUUUAAAACACAUACAUGGAGUAAAUUAAAAAAAAAAAAAAAAAAAAAAAA